AUGUCGCGAUCCGAACAAGCAGUUGCACUGACGUACUUAGUGGAUGAAUGCUCACUGGAACAUAUUCGAUGCUUGCGAAGUAUGAUCGAGCCUUUUUUCCAGAAAGAUUUUAUCGGAGAAUUGCCAAAUGAGAUAGCUUUACAUGUGAUGAGCUUCUUAUCGCCAGCUGAUAUCGCCCGCGUAUCGCUUACAUGCCGUUACUGGCAUCAUUUAGCAGAAGACAAUCGUUUGUGGAAGAAAAAGUGUGCGGAAAUGAAUGUGAGCGUUUUGGAUGAGCCAAGAUAUUGUGCGGAUGAUGAGCCAAAAAAUGUUUGCUUAUCGAGGUCAAAAUGGAAGGCAGUUUAUCUACGCCAUCAACGCAUUCAAGCAAACUGGCGCUCUCUUCCUCUUCGAGGCUCAUGCAUACUGAAGGGACACGAUGAACAUGUGAUAACAUGCCUCCAGAUUCGUGGUGAUUUGAUUGUAACCGGUUCAGACGAUAACACACUAAAAAUAUGGUCAAGCAGUAAGGCAGUGGUGAGCGUUCUUCCCUUACAUCAUCUGCUUGUGACAGGAUCUCGUGACACAACAUUGCGCUUGUGGAAUAUUAAAACGGGUGCCUGUCUGCGUGUCCUGCAGGGACACAUUGCUGCUGUGCGUUGCGUGCAGUUCGAUGGCUUGCGCAUUGUCUCUGGAGCUUACGACUUCUCCGUUAAAGUGUGGGAUGCGGAAUCAGGAAGGUGUUUUCACACACUCAAUGGCCAUACUAAUCGAGUUUAUUCCUUGCUGCUCGAUAGCGAAAGAGAUAUAGUGGUGAGCGGAAGUCUGGAUACAACGAUCAAAAUAUGGAAUAUUCGCGAAGGGGUAUGCACACAUACCUUGGUUGGACAUCAGUCACUGACGUCGGGUAUGCAGCUAAGAGGCAAUACACUUGUUUCUGGCAAUGCCGAUAGCACAAUAAAGGUCUGGGAUAUAAUGAGCGGGCAGUGCAAGUAUACGCUUACUGGUCCAAAUCGGCAUGCGUCUGCUGUGACCAGUUUACAGUUUUUGGAGAAUGGCCUAGUGGCAACGAGCAGCGACGAUGGCUCGGUGAAGCUGUGGGACGUGAUGGAAGGCGUGUUUGUGCGUGACUUGGUCCGUCUUCGUUCUGGUGGAUCGGGCGGCUGCAUCUGGCGCCUCAAAUCCACACCAACAAUGCUGGUUUGUGCUGUCGGCUCGCGAAAUGGUACCGAAGACACCAAAUUGAUCCUGUUGGAUUUUGAUGCUGAUUAUCCAUGA